UGAAAAAGUCACGGUUAUCAAUCGCUGGUCCAUCGCUAACGAGUAUAAAAACAAUUGACUUUCAAGAAAUUGCAUUUUGAAUUUCCAUUUCCUGUUAACUACAAUGGAUAAACUAACGACAAUUAGUGCCACGCUUUUUAUGGCGGCCGAUGUGUUUGCGAUUGUCAGCCUGGCGCUGCCGGAUUGGAUCAUCACGGAAUCAGGGACGGGUGAUAUUCGACUGGGCCUGAUGUGGACCUGCAUGACGCUGUAUAAUCGACCCCAGGUGUGCUACACUCCCGACUUGCAGCCGGAAUGGCUAAUCGCCCUCAUCUGCAUCUUCGUGGGCUGCAUCUGCGUGACCACCACCGUGAUCCUGCUGGCCUCGUCCUCCUGCAACCGGAAUGUGAUCCCCUAUGCCCGCUGGGUGGGAUUCACGGCCAUGGUGCUCUUCUGCAUGGCGGCCGUCGUCUUCCCGCUGGGAUUCCAUGUCGAGGAGAUCGGCGGCCAGGCCUACCAGCUGCCCAACACCUUCAAGAUCGGCAUAUCCUACAUCAUGUUCGUCCUGGCCCUCUGGAUCACCGUGGUGUCCGAGCUAUUUGCCGGCAAGGUCUGCCUGCCGCACUUCUAGAGACGCGAGGACGGCCUCACCGGAUUCCUGAUUUCAUUUGCAGUUUGCUCUGUGAUUUGUUAUACCUUUUGUUUUUCCCUGAUUUUUCUCGCUUUUAAUUUUAUAGAUUGACUUAAUGUUGUUUUAA